AUGACAGACUCCAUCUCGGCGGCCAAGCUCGCCAUCUACAUCGUUUUUGCCCAACCUGCCUUGUACUGCUUGUUCAAGCAUGGCAAGGUUGGCUUUCUAGGCUGGCUCUAUGUCCAGAUCUUUUGUGUUCUCAGGAUUGUCACCGGAGGCAUCGGCCUUCAUGGCUCUAACACCUCAACCGGCUCGAUUAUUCUCAGCAGCAUUGGUCUUUCUCCUUUGCUCCUAGCAGCGUCAGGCGUUCUUCAUGAAGCACGACGAGCGACGAACCCUCGACUCAACAGAAAGCUAGACGUGCUACUCGAGAUCCAAUAUCACACCAUUGUCGGAAUCGCCAUGGUCUUGAUCAUUAUUUCCGUCAUAAACUUGCAGAAGGGGGAGUCUGUAUCGACUAUGAAGAUACUUCUCAAGGUUGCAUCUGCUCUAGUCGCAUUGUCUUGGGUACUCCUGGUGCUUUGGGCUUUAUGGUCUCUUGCAAAGUCUCGAUCCACGUCGGUGGCUGGACCUGUGCCCUCAAUGUCGGGUGGCAGACUGCUCCUGAAUGGUACCUUGUUGACAAUGCCGCUCACCGGCCUCCGACUUGGCUACGCCAUUGCGUUCCUCCAGCUCAAGAUCUCAGACCCAACCUCAGGCUUUUUAACCUCCAAGGCGGUCGAAGUGUGCCUUAGUGUUGUGCCGGAGAUGCUUGUUACCCUGAUUCUGCUUCUUGUUGGUGUCAAAACCAGGUCGUUGAAGCACGAGAUUCACAAGCUAGACACUACCUUUCCCACUGAGCAGGGCUACGAGAUGCCGAGUCAGCAGGGGGAGGACGACCGCUAUCGACAUUGA